CAGAGUUUUUCUGAGCAUCGCGGUUUUAACUUCAGUUUUCUGUUGUCUGUUCUGUCACUGAUAAAUGUGUCGGCCAUGGGGAUCAUACAACAGAGAAACCUUUGCAAUUUGGCCAUUGUCUUUAUUCUCUUGACCUCAACUUCACCUGCUGCAGAUGCUCAGAUCAGAUUAGUUGGGUCUGGAUCUACUCGUUGCUCUGGAAGAGUUGAAAUCUAUUACAACAGUGCCUGGGGAACAGUAUGUGAUGACAGUUGGGACUUAAAGGAUGCUGAUGUAGUGUGCAGACAGUUGGACUGUGGUACGGCACUGACUGCUCCUCAGUCCGCUCACUUUGGUAAUGGAAGCGGCCAAAUCUGGCUUGAUAAUGUUAACUGUUCAGGAACUGAAAGGUCUCUAACUGAGUGUGGGCACAACGGAUUUGGGACACACAACUGUGGACCCAGUGAGGACGCUGGUGUCAUCUGUUCAGUGUCUUUGUUGCCGCUGGUAUCCUCAGUAUCUGUCGUGGGUCUGCUGCUGCUCCUGCUGGUCUUGGUGGGGGUCUUUCUGGUUCUCAGGAGAAAGAGACGAACCGAGCAGCCUGUUGCCCUCGUCCAAACCCAAUUGGCUUUCAGACUCAGCACCAAUUAUGAUAAUAACAAGAAUGAGGACGAGGACGAUGACUACGAGAACGUUAAUCCAGCAGACAACAAGGAGAAACUCAAAGAGGAAGCAGAGAGAGUGGAAGAAGAGGAGAGUAAUGAUUAUGAGGACCCAGAGAGUAACGAAGAUCAAGAUUGUGACAAAGAAGAAGAAACCAGUGAUGAUGAAGCGGACUAUGAAAAUGUAAACCAGUCAUUGGAUGAACCAACUCUUGACAUUUAUGGAGAACAUGAGGAUAUUUAUCAAAACUUUUGAGGUGUCCGAUGGUUAAAUGUUGAAUAAUGCAACUUGACAAGACAAUUCUUCCUGCCUCAGGAUGAUUAAUCAUUUAAUUCUCAUUAUUUUGAAAUGCCAAACUAUAUUGCUAUAGUUUGUUACCAAAUUCUUGUAGGGUUGGCCUAUUUGAACAACGUUUUGAUAGUUUAUUUUAUCUUAUUUAUUUGAACCAAAAAACUAAACUACAGGAAUAUUAUGUCUUUUUUUAUCUUCAUUUUUUGGAUGUAAAAACAGGAAAAUCACUUUUUCUGCAAGAGGGAAACAAACUCAGAUAACGAGCAGAUUUAUUUUUUUGCCAAUCCCAUUUUUGUUUUUGCCUUUGAAAGACGAACAAAAGGACAGGUAACCCGUAAGUAAGAGUAUUUCAAAAUAAAAGUCAAGGCAAUAGAAUGACUGUAUGCAAAAAUGUCUUAAUAUCGAUUAUAUAAUAAGAUCUAGCAUUAAGUGUGAAAACAUAUAAUGCAUAGGACUGGUUGCUCGAAAUGUACAUGCGCAAAAAUAAACAUUGUCUAAAAACGGGCAGCAACGCUGAACAACAAUCAUUUGACUAUAAAUCGAUGUGAGACAUCUUAGAAUUGUGGAAGUGGCUGAGCUCUCCGUGUUUCAGUCUUGUGCAAUAUCUCAUAGAGUCAACUCCUUAAACAGUGUUCACACACAAGCACAAUGCUAAAUCAUUCUUUAGACACACUUGCCUACAUUGUGAUGAUGCGAGUUUGUCAGAGCUGCUAAGAAGCUGACAGCAGAGUUAGAACAGAACAGGUUGAACUGUGAAUGAUGAUGACAGUGAUGAUGAUGAUGAUGAUGAUGAUGAUGUAGUAAUGAAAGGUAAAAAUGUGAAGCACAGGUGCUGGCUGGUAACUGAAGCAAGGUCCACUGAAGGGUGUUUAAUAAGAAUAAAUAAAAUGUGUCC